UAUUUUUACAGUUUACACGGAUGUGGUCAACUAACUACCUUGAGGGGGUGAAUCUGGUAUCACUGAUAGUGUUUAAAAUUGUGUCAAUAAACAUACAGAUACGCUAUUAUAUUUGAAGUACAAGAAACAUCGAAGUAAAGCAAUGAAUGCUUCAUAAAUUUUAGAUUAUUUGCCUUAAAUCGGUUUUAAAUGAUUUUCGAAUGUUUCAUGUAAUUGGAUGAUUUAAACUGGAUUUUUACCGGUCAAUAUGUUAUUAAAUGAAAUACAAUAGAUGUGGGAAACAAAUGUAUUUGGAAAAAUUACAGUGUUUUUAGUUUUCAUUCAAUGUUAGAACUUACAGUGGCUAAACGCGUCUACUUUCUGUGCUCGUAACAAAUGAUACAAAAUUAUACAAUGUUGACACGGUCUUCGGAAGUAUAGCAGAAACUUUUGUGUGCUCGCAAUAAACUAUACACAUUGAAUCAUAUAAACUAGCAAUAAAUGAAACAGUGAUUUCGUUAACCUAGUGUGAAGUGACUUUCAAAGAGAUUUUGGAUAAAUACCGAGGGGGUCACGUGUGUGAGAAAUGGUUGGAGUGAAGUUUACACAUGUGGUGGUUUUCCUGACGACAGCCACCCUACUUUUACAGAUGAUGUUGCUUUAUUCAAACCAGUGCUAUUUCUCUAGAGUUGCUGAUAUGCACGAAAAAGGAAUUGUGGUCCAACAAAUCAGUAUCUCUGAUAAUAAUAUUUCAGACUUUAUAAUACCGCAGAAAAUAAAUGAUGAACAAAGCAGGCUGUCUGCACCAGCUGUACCAGUUAAAAGACGUCGUCUCACUAUAGGAAUUCCAACUGUAAAGCGACGGGACGGCAAUUAUUUUUACGAAAUGUUUAACAGUAUGUUGAAUAAAACCUCUGAAGACGAAAUGAAAGAUAUAGUUUUCGUAGUAUUUCUUGCUGAUAUGAACAACACUGAGUGGAAAUCCGAAACUGAGGCUAACCUACGACAGAGUUAUGAAAAAUACAUAACAUCCGGGUCACUUCAUGUCAUCCAGGCGCCAUUAGAGUUUUACAACGGAAUGAAGCAAUACGGGAACGAUUCCUACAUGAAUUGGAGAACUAAACAAAACUAUGAUUACGCCUUCCUAAUGCGGUAUUGUCAAAACUUAUCCGAAUAUUAUAUGCAAAUGGAGGACGAUGUGAGAGCCUCAGACGGUUAUUUUACCGCCAUUCUAAAUUUUAUCCGACUUCAAGACAAUGAUAAUUGGAUUUGUUUAGAAUUUUCAGAACUUGGAUUUAUUGGUAAACUUUACCAUUCUAAACAUAUAGGAAAAUUAUCCGAUAUGUUAUUACUGUUUAGUCAAACACAACCUGUGGAUUAUACUUACAUUUAUUUUAACAUGCUUAUGGGAAAUGGAGCUAAAAGAAUACGAAAACCUACUCUUUUCCAACACAUGGGAUUUCAUUCUAGUCUCGUCGAUAAAAUUCAACCUUUAGUGGACAAAUAUUUUGAUUUUCCGGAAAAGGAAUUAAACGGAGAUAAUCCGACAGCAAAAUUGUUUACCACUCUCAUUGUAAAUGAUGAAUUCCCACCAAGUUUAGCGUAUUCAAGUGAACCAGGCCACUUCUGGAGCAACGGAUCACCAAAAGAAAACGAUACUUUUUCAUUAUUUUUUGAGUCGGCUCAAAUGAUCGACAAAAUAGUGAUAGUAUCCGGUUCAAACAGCCAUCCGAAAGAUAUUAUACAUAAUGGUAUUCUGGAAGCUGGUGUUAGCACAUCAAAUAAUGGUGACAAACUGGAUUGUGAGGGCUUAAUCACACUCGGACAGUUUCAAAAUGGAACACUUAGCAUUGAUAGUCAAACUAUACGAUCUAAGUUAGGUUUGGUAACAAUACGUUGUCUACAAAUAAGGUUCACCUCGGCCCAAUUAGAAUGGGUUGUGAUAAAGGAAAUAGCAAUAUUUUCCUCCCAUUCAUGAUUAUUCUUAAACUGGGAUAAUAUGACGUCAGCCAUUACACUAACGUUGUGAUGAUAUGGCGUCAGUUAUAACACUUACGCUGUGAUAAUAUGGCGUCCGUUUUUCACUUAAGCUGUGAUAAUAUGACUCAGUUAUUACACUUACACUGUGAUAAUAUGGCGUCAGUUAUAACAGUACACUUAUGUUAUGAUAUUAUGACGUCAGUUAUUACACUUAAACGUCGGUUAUUACACUUACGCUGUGAUGAUAUGGCGUCAGCUAUUACAAUGACGUUAAUAGUUACAGAUGUGUUCAUGAACAUCGAAUUUUUAUACAUAUCAGUGUACAUAUAUAUUUACUUUUCUCAAUUUCCAACACUAAAUGAUCUUGUAAUCCUUCAUUAAUCAUAGAAAUAGUUCCCGAUUUUUACAAUAUUUACCUCCCUUGCCAAAAGUGGCAGACAUUUUGGGGGUCAAUUUAUAAUUAAAAAUCAAUUAAACAGAUGCUUUAGGUGAAUUGUCAAAAUAUUUUAUACAGAUGCAGCAAAGUAUUAUUUCAGCAUCCAAAUGUGAACGAUUUUUAUCAUUUUUUAUGAAGAUGUUAGAAUAAUGAGAAUUUUUAGCAAAUGACCCCAAAAUGGCUGUCAUGGGAGGUAAUAACUCGUAAUUGUUUUUCUGUUUUGUGCAAUGUUGUUACCAUGGUUAUGUUAAGUACCAGUUGACCUGUUUCCAAGGUUACAUACAUUGUAAUUCACAAAUUUUAAAACUGGUGAUGAUACCAUAAUAUAUUUGUAUAGCUUUUGCCUUUACCGUCUCGGUGCAAUGCCUAUUUUACAUGUGUUAUUUUCGUUAUUUAAGACGUUAUGUUUUAAGAUUCCAUAUAUCAGGAUAUUUUAAGUUUUAAAUUUAUUGCAAAAUUUAUUGCCAUACGUUCUACAUAGAUGAUAGAUUUUAAGAGUUUUAUCCCUAUAUCCAUAAAAUGGAUUUAUUUUUAAGUUGUAUUUUAUAUGUAUUUAUCUGAAAUUACAAAAUAAAGUU